AAAACCCUGAAGUAAUAGGUUUAGACAAAAAGGGUUCUUGUUCAUUGCUUUCUCUUGCUUGACUUCUCUAGAGUAAAGGGAUUAUAGAUUUGUUCUUUGAUGGCUGGAAUAAAGGAGUUUACAGCGGCAGAUUUCUUGCAAGGUACCCGUAGGCAAACUUUGUUUUUGCAGAGAAAUUCUCCUAGCUUGCGAAGCCGGUUGCUAUGGGGCAAGUUUUGUAAUCCAAGCCCGAGACUGCAGGUGUCUAAUAGUAGAGGUGUUUCUUUGAGGUGUUCUGCUCAAUCAAAGCACAGAGUGGCGGUAUCUGGGAAUGUUGGUAGUUUAGUGGAUGAGCCUCAGAACUUGAUUGAAAAGCCUGCUCAGAAAAUCAUACAUUUUUUCCGAGUCCCAUUGAUUCAAGAAAGUGCCAAUGACGAGCUGCUCAAGUCAGAUCAAACAAAGAUAUCAAAUCAGAUUGUUGGUUUGAAAACGGAGCAAUGCUUCAAUAUAGGGCUCGAUUCUGAGAUUUCACCUGAGAAAUUUGCUAUCCCUAGGUGGAUUUUAGGUGAAACUUAUGAGCCUGAGAAUCUGGGAACAGAGAGUUUUCUUGAGAACAAGAGGCAAGAAGGGUUAAGUGCCACAAUUGUUGAGGUGACCCGCUUGGAGAGGUCUAGGAGGUACUUGUUAUACAGCAAGGGAGUGUUGCUGGAAAGUCAUAUUAAUGAAUUUGCUGCAAUGGUUCAUGAUCUGAUGACAGAGUGUCUUUAUGCCCAGAGGCUGGCAUCAUUUGAGACCAAUGUAGUUCCAGAGGAAAUUUGUUUUGUGCCUGUCAUGGAGAGGGGCCUGGAAGCAUUCCCAUGGAUAGGACCCUUAUGCAGAUUGAAGACCACUUUGCAAGCGAACCCUAACAACUCCGUCAUUGGCUUCAAGGAUAAUUCUAGUGCAAUUAAGGGCUUCCUUGCAUACAGAUUGAGACCAGUUCAGCCCAGAACAGCUUGCCCAUUAAGUGAAACAACCCAGGAAAUUGAUGUCUUGUUUACGGCUGAAACUCAUAAUUUUCCAUGUGCAGUGGCAUCUUACCCUGGUACAGAAACUGGUGCAGGUGGACGUAUUCGAGAUAUGCAUGCUACUGGAAGGGGGUCUUUUGUGGUUGGAUCCACAGCUGGUUAUGUGAUUGGAAAUCUCCGGUUAGGAGGCGCUUAUGCACCAUGGGAGGAUCCAUCUUUUAGUUAUCCAUCAAACCUGGCUUCUCCUCUGGAAAUACUAAUUGAAUCUAGCAAUGGUGCUUCUGACUAUGGGAACAAAUUUGGACAGCCCUUGAUUCAGGGCUUCACUAGAACUUUUGGAAUGAGACUCCCAGGUGGUGAAAGACGGGAAUGGUUGAAACCAAUCAUGUUCAGUGGUGGAAUUGGACAUAUUGAUCACUGUCAUAUAUCAAAAGGGGAACCUGACAUUGGCAUGCUUGUUGUGAAAAUUGGUGGCCCUGCAUAUCGCAUUGGGAUGGCAGGUGGGGCUGCAUCGAGCAUGGUUAGUGGUCAAAACAAUGCAGACCUUGAUUUCAAUGCCGUACAACGCGGAGAUGCUGAGAUGGCACAGAAAUUGUAUCAUGUGGUUUGUGCAUGCAUAGAAAUGGAGGAGAAUAACCCAAUUAUCAGCAUUCAUGAUCAGGGAGCUGGUGGGAAUUUUGUUGUCGGUGAUCACACCAUGUGUGUUCUGGAGAUAUGGGGUGCAGAGUAUCAAGAACAAGAUGCCAUCUUGGUGAAGCCUGAAAGCCUCAAACAUUUAGAAUUAAUCUGUGCAAGGGAAAGGCUCCCAAUGGCUGUUAUUGGAACAAUUAAUGGGAAGGGACGCAUUGUUCUAGUUGAUAGCUUAGCUGUUGAGAAAUGCCAUUCCAGUGGACUCUCUCCCCCUCCUCCUGCUGUGGAUCUUGAGCUUGAGAAAGUGCUUGGGAACAUGCCUCAGAAAAGCUUUGAAUUCCAUCGGGUCGCUCAUGCCCGAGAGCCACUUGAUAUUGCACCAGAAAUCACAGUGAUGGAUUCUUUGAAGAGGGUAUUGAGACUUCCAUCUGUCUGUUCAAAACGCUUCUUGACCACAAAAGUGGAUAGAUGUGUAACAGGCCUUGUAGCACAACAUGGAGGUGCAUGUGCCAUUGGGGAGCAGCCAAUCAAGGGUUUGCUUGAUCCAAGAGCAAUGGCAAGAUUGGCUGUUGGGGAAGCUCUCACAAAUCUUUUUUGGUCAAAGGUAACUUCUCUUUCUGGUGUUAAAGCAAGUGUGAAUUGGAUGUAUGCUGCCAAGCUUGAUGGGGAAGGGGCAGAUAUGUAUGAUGCUGCUACAGCUGUUUCAGAGGCUAUGAUCAAACUGGGUAUUGCUAUUGAUGGGGGAAAGGAUAGUCUAUCCAUGGCUGCUCAUGCAGGUGGUGAGGUUGUUAAGGCUCCUGGAAAUCUUGUAAUCAGUACCUGUGUCACUUGUCCUGACAUAACAAAGGUUGCAACUCCUGAUCUUAAGCUGGGAGAUGAUGGUGUUUUGCUUCACAUUGAUUUGGCAAGGGGAAAGCGGCGAUUAGGUGGAUCUGCUCUGGCUCAGGUUUUUGACCAAAUUGGGAAUGAUUGUCCUCAUCUUGAUGAUGUUCCUUACCUUAAGAGAGUUUUUGAGGCUGUUCAGGACCUUCUGGGUGAUGCUCUAAUCUCAGCUGAUCAUGACAUCAGUGAUGGUGGGCAACUGGUAUGUGCCCUGGAGAUGGCAUUUGCUGGAAAUUGUGGCAUUGCACUGAACUUGUCUUCAGAAGGGAAGAAUGUCUUCAAAACACUGUUUGCAGAAGAACUUGGUCUUGUUCCUGAGAUCAGUAAGGAUAACUUGGAUACUGUGAUGGGGAAACUUGCUCAUGCAGAUAUUUCUGCUAAGAUAAUUGGACAAGUAAUGGCCUCACCCGUGAUAGAACUAAAGGUUGAUGGGAUUUCUCAUUUGGAUGAAAAAACUUCUCUCCUUAGAGACAUGUGGGAGGACACUAGUUUUCAGCUAGAGAAGCUCCAAAGACUAGCUUCUUGUGUGGAACUGGAGAAAGAAGGGUUAAAGUUUAGGCAUGAACCUUCAUGGAAAUUAUCUUUCACUCCUUCAUUUACAGAUGAGAAAUACAUGAAGGCAACAUCAAAACCCAAAGUAGCUGUGAUUCGAGAGGAGGGCAGCAAUGGAGACCAGGAAAUGUCAGCAGCAUUUUAUGCUGCUGGUUUUGAGCCAUGGGAUGUUACAAUGUCAGACCUUCUCACAGGCGUAAUUUCUCUGCAUGAUUUCCAUGGAAUUGUAUUUGUUGGAAGAUUUAGCUAUGCUCAUGUGCUUGAUUCUGCACAAGGUUGGGCUGCUUCCAUACGAUUCAAUCAGCCUCUUAUAAAUCAAUUUCAGGAGUUCUAUAAGCAGCCAGAUACCUUCAGUCUUGGUGUCUGCAAUGGCUGUCAGCUAAUGGCCCUUUUAGGUUGGAUCCCAGGCCCUCAGAUUGGUGGUGUAUUUGGCACUGGUGGGGAUCAAUCACAACCAAGAUUUGUUCACAAUGAAUCACGACGAUUUGAGUGCCAUUUCACUAGUGUUACUAUAAAGUACUCUCCGGCUAUAAUGUUCAAGGGAAUGGAGGGUAGUACUUUAGGUGUGUGGGCUUCCCAUGGUGAGGGAAGAGCAUAUUUCCCUGACAACGGUGUUCUGGAUAGAAUUUUGCAUUCAGGUUUAGCCCCCAUAAGAUAUUGUGAUGAAGAAGGGAACCCAACAGAGGUUUACCCAUUCAACUUGAACGGCUCACCAUUAGGUGUGGCAGCAAUUUGUUCACCUGAUGGCAGACAUCUAGCCAUGAUGCCUCAUCCAGAGCGUUGCUUCUUGAUGUGGCAGUUUCCUUGGUACCUCAAGCAUUGGGAUGUAGACAAGAAAGGCCCUAGCCAUGGUUGCGCAUGUUCCAGAAUGCCAGAGAAUGGUGCUCGUGAGAUUGCUUGUUUUUCCUGCCUGAGUUGCUUACCCACAGUUUUCUGGUUUGGAUACAUAUAUGAUCGAGAUAAUUUUGUUUUUGUUUUCUUUUUUUUUUUUUUUAAUUGGAAGAUAAUUUUGUUAUGAUUACUCUUUAUAAGGAGCUUUCAUUAUUCCUAAGUAGAAUUUUGUCUAUUUCGGCCAUUAUUAAUGAUAUCUUUUCCUGCUAUAAAGGAUAUUUUCCUCU